AUGCUUCCCAAACUCUCAAAAGCGUUCCGCAGCUCCGACGAGGAUCUCGAAAAGGCUCCUCAGGUCAACAAUGCCUUUGAGACCAACAGCAACAAUGACACGUUCGACAACUCCAGCGACGGCGCUGUGCCCGGUGAGAGCUUCGAAUACGGUAACUCGACCUACGCCAAGAUUCAGCGCAUCGCCGGCAGGUUCAAUAUCGAGCAGCGUGGCGUGGAGCGAGUACCGGAUAGCGAACGGAAUGAUACGUCGUAUCUAAACAUUGGCAGCAUGUGGUUGGCCGCAAACAUGGUUGUCAGCUCCUUCGCCAUUGGUGUGCUUGGACAGUCUAUAUUUGAGCUCGGCUUUGUCGACGCCAUUCUGGUGUGCCUCUUCUUCAACCUCCUCGGUGUGAUGACUGUGUGCUUCUUCUCAUGCUUUGGCCCAGUCUUUGGACUGCGCCAGAUGGUGCUCUCCAGAUUCUGGUUUGGAUGGUGGGCUGUGAAAUUCAUUGCCAUCCUCAACGUGAUUGCCUGUAUCGGAUGGUCCGCUGCCAAUGCCAUCGUCGGUGCUCAGCUUCUCAACGCGGUCAACGCCGCCGUGCCUGGAUACGCCGGUAUUCUUAUCAUCACCUUCUGCACUCUUUUCAUCACCUUUGCUGGGUACAAGAUCGUUCACAUCUAUGAAUACUGGAGCUGGAUCCCAACCUGCAUUGUGUUCUUCAUUGUGCUCGGUUGUUUUGCUCAUUCGGGUGACUUCGUCAACAUCCCCAUGGGCGUCGGAAUCUCUGAAAUGGGUUCCUGUCUGUCUUUUGGAUCUACAGUCUACGGCUUCGCAACUGGCUGGACCAGUUACGCUGCCGACUACACCGUAUACCAGCCUAAGACCCAGAGCCGCCGUCUGGUCUUUUUCUCUGCCUGGCUCGGUCUUAUCGUCCCUCUGGUCUUCACCCAGUUCUUGGGUAUUGCCGUGAUGACUGCCACUAAAAUCAACGGCGGGGACAACAAAUAUGCUGCGGGUUAUACUGCUUCGGUCAACGGUGGUUUGCUCGCAGCUGUGCUAGAGCCCCUCGGUGGCUUCGGCAAGUUCUGUCUCGUCAUCCUGGCCCUGUCCAUCAUCGCCAAUAACUGUCCGAACAUCUACUCUGUUUCCUUGACCCUCCAAGUCCUGCACAGGUACACCCAGCGCGUGCCCCGAUUCAUCUGGACUUUCCUGGCCUCGUGUGUCUCCCUCGCCAUCGCCAUCCCCGGAUACUCCCACUUCGAGACCGUCCUUACAAACUUCAUGAACCUAAUCGCCUACUGGCUGGCCAUCUACUCCGCCAUUGCCAUCGCCGACCACUUCAUCUUCCGCCGUGGAUUUGGCGGCUACCGCCCAGAGGAUUACGACAAGCCUGACAAGCUGCCUCUCGGUAUCGCAGCCUCUAUCGCAUUCUGCUGCGGUAUCGCAGGUGUCGUCACUGGUAUGAGCCAAACAUGGUGGAUUGGACCUAUUGCCCACCACGCCGGUGACCCCGCAUUCGGCGGUGAUGUCGGUUUCGAGUUGGGCUUUGCUUUCGCUUUUGUGUCAUAUUGCAUUCUGCGUCCGAUUGAAAUUCGUCGCAGUGGUCGGUAA